AUGGCUAGCUCAGGUCCCGGUCAAAACCCGCUCAUCAAUGAGCGAGCAGAGACUCGAGCUCUCGUGAAGGCUGCCCAGCGGGGAGACCUCGAUGAUUUGAAGGUAAUUCUCACGGCACUGUCUACGAAGCACGAACUCAGCAAGGGCGAGGUACUCAUCCUUUGCAGGGACGAAAACGACGACUCUGCCCUUCACAAAGCCGCUCAUCUCGGCUUGGUCGAGAUACUCGAGUAUCUUCUCAGCGACGAAGUCUUUACGUUUGCACCCGGCACUAAGGCAGUCUUCAUCGGACUUCGGAACAGAGAAAGCAGCACCGCGGUUCACGUUGCUGUUGAGAAGGGACAGUUGCAGUAUCUUAUUGCGCUUGCUCAGAACGGCGCAAGCCUCGAGCUCCCCAACCAGUUUGGCUGGACUCCUCUCCUCGUGGCCGCAAACGCAUACAUCUCAGCAACCGUUGAGGCUGCUCGCCAACGCGCCAUUGCCCAGAACCCUAACAAUCCGUUACCCCUGAUCAAUCCUGGUACGUAUACGCCAUGGAUGCACAUCUUCGAUUGGCUCAUCAGCAUGCGAGUGAAUCUCAAUGCCGCGAAUCUCAUCCAAGACACGGCGCUGCACAUGGCAGCACGAAUGAAGAACCUCGUCAUUGUUGACAAACUGCUGAGCGCAGGUGCGGCUCCAGAUCUCCGCAACGGAGGUGGCUACACGCCGCUGCACCUUGCUGUGCUACGGCCCGGUUCUCUUGAGUGUGCCAGGGCGCUCCUGAUGUGGCGGGCUAACCCGAACUCGCAGGAGAAUCAGAACGGCUAUGCCCCGAUCCACUCUGCUGUUGUGGACGGCAACGUCAACAUGAUUGAGCUACUACUUUCUUAUGGAGCUGACGAGUAUCUCCGGAAUCGCAAUGGGCUCGCUCCUUGGCAGCUUGCCGGGCUACGAAGUGAGGAAGCUUCGGCUUUCUUCAUCAACCGUAUGUCCGACCCAUCUCGUCACGAUCAAUGA